AUGGCCCUCGUCACGACGUUGCUCCCGCAGACGGUGGCCAGCCUCCACUUCUUGUCCAACAACGCCCCGGCGCUGCUGCCCAAGCUCGCCGCCAACGUUUCCCUCGGGGAUAUUCAGCAGACCACCGAGGCGCUCAACAAGAUUGGCGAUUUUGACGGGGCCAAGGGGUACCAGCGGGUUCUGGAGCAGCGGAAGGCUCAGGCCGCCAGCGCAGCCCAAGAGCCGAUGCUCCAGCAGCAGAAGGUCACGGGUGAGUUGGACGCUGCAGAGGCGGAGCAUACUAGAUUGGUUCGCAUUCUCAACGAAAAGACGGGUGGGACAGCACCGCCACCGACAGUCAUCAGCACCGACGAUAUUCUUUCAGGCGCAGUCACGGAGCUACCAGUUUCCUUGGGGUCGCUGGCUGGAGAUCUCUCCGACGAGUAUGAAGUGGACGAGGCCACCCAGAAAGAGGGGUCGGGGGGCACUGGCGGAGUGGCGAUCUUCGCGAGGGACUUCCUGGGCCUCCACCUCAAUCCAGCUCAAGGGGCUCAAGGGUCUAGAGUGAUCUCGGGCAUCGUUGGAAUCCCAGGUGGCAUUGACUUCUGCGUUGCCUCUAUGUAUCUUUAUGACGGCAGCGGCUUUGCCUCCAAGAAUCAACAACUUCUGUCCGACGCGGGGAUGGCUGCUUCCAGUUCGUGCCUGCCGUGGCUCAUCGGCGGAGAUUUCAACACUUCCCCGUCGGACUUACACGAGACAAGUUUUCACGGGCAGAGCGGGGGCAUCAUUGCGUUUCCAGAUUGUUCGGGUACCUGUCACAUCGCGGGAGGGAUGAGGAUGAACGGUUACUUUAUCGCCAGCCCUGGGCUAAGUUCAGCUGCUCAGGCCACGGUUAUGCUUGAGCCUGCCAUUCAGCGCUCCGCUCAGGACGGCCUCUCGGACGCCAUAUCAUAUGGUUUCGCCGUCCACCUGUCCGUCACUAAGCACGCUGGAGACUAUAAGCAUCUUUUCCGCGAGUCCUUGGACUGGUGUCUCCAGUACGACUUUUCUUUGGCCGUCAGCAGAGUUGCCAUCGCGGCCUACGCGUCGGCUGGGCAUGUGUGUCUCCAGGCGAUGAUCUCCGAUGCCGUCUUCGCUCAGUUCGGGGUUGUCGCGGGCUGCAGUCUGGACACCUUCGAGUCCGGUGUGGGUACGCUCAUCAAUCUGAACGGCAUCGAACCGUGGAACGCGAGGGACCUCAUCAAGAAGAACCUUGACAGGCAGCUGGAGCUCGCCAAGCGGUCCCCGCUGAGGAGCAUACCCAUUCUGGAUGGUUUGGAUUUCGUGCGGCGGCAAAGCGAGGAAGCGUGGGGUGGUAGUUUGAUGAACGCUGUUGGACUGGCGCCUGCCACCAUCAAGAAGAUGCAGUUCGUCCGAAUUCUCACGAACCUCCUGAAACACCCACAACUAGGCGUUCGGCAUUCUCAACGGGACAUCGAUGAUUUAGCGCACGUCUUCGAGUCCAUAGAUUUCGACGGGAAUGGCGAAUUGAGCCUCGGCGAGUGGGCUGGUGGUCUGUCUGUCUUCUUCAAGUCGGAUCCCGAUUCUGCUGUGAAAGCGAUUUUUCAAACCUUGGACACUGACCACAGCGACGACAUCACGAAGAGAGAACUUCAGGAGUAUCUGAAGCCCUUCGUGAACGCCAUGUCGCCACUGGAAGCUGCGUCCCUGCGACCUCUGCUCCUCAAGAAGGCCACAGAUGACAUCUUCUCGGAGAUGGACGCGGACCAUUCAGACACCAUUUCUGUCGCGGAGAUGAUCAAGUGGUCAAAGCGGGGCAAAGACGUCGUCCACGUGUUGGCCGACAUCAUCGACAAAGAGGUCUAUGUCAUCAUCCUGAACCAGAGGGACAAGAAGAGGGAGAAGACAGGGAGGGACGAGAAGUUGGGCACGUCGAUUAGCCGCCGUGCAAAUUCCAGGUCGCGGGACGACCCGAUGGCAGGCGGAGCUCCGCCGCCGUGCGGGUCGGGUUGCGGCGGCCCGCCGGGCCACGGCGGCCCAGACGGCGGCCGGCAGCCGCCGCCGCCGCAGGGCUGGCAGCAGCCGCCCCCGGGGCAGGGCUGGCAGCAGCAGCCGCCCCGCCGCCGCCGCAGGGCGGGCAGCACCCCCCGCCGCCCGGGCAGGGUUGGCCGCAAGGCCGGCCGCCGCAGCAGCCGCCGCCGCAGGGCUGGCAACAGCCGCCGCCCCGGGGGGGCUCCGGAGGCAGCGGGGACGCCGCCGAGUGGCGGCAGCCCAUCGGCGGGCCCCUCCCUCGGGGCUGCAGCCAGCAGGAGGACCGCCCUGGCGGCGCCGGCCCCCCGCCGCCGCCGGGGAGGGCCGCCGCGCCGCCGCCGGAGGCGCCGCCGCACGCUGGCGGCGACCCCUUCCACAGGUCGCAGCCGCGGGGCGUGCCGCCCCCGCCCCCGCCGCCCCCGCGCGGGAGCAGCACGCAGUCGUCGCAGGGAUACGGCGCGGGGCCGCCGCCGCCCUCGGGGCACUACGGGCAGCCACCGCUGGGCAGCGGCUGCGGCGGCGGGCGCCUCUGAUUACAAAAUCUACACGUCGGUCGCGUCGCGCAAGUGGCGUGUGCUGAAGAACGGGAACCGCGUCGAUCAGGCGUACUCGUGGGCGGUGGGGGCGGCUACAGUCCCGGCGGCCAGUACGGAGGCAGUGUUCUUGUUCACCACCAGCGCGCUGAUGGGCUACGCGCGGCGGAGUACGGGCCGCCGCCGCCGCCCGGGAGCCAGCUCGGGAGCCAGUACGGCGCCCCAGAGCCUGGUGGCGGCUACGGCUACGGCGCCUACCGCUGACCUCUGUCCUAUCUCUCUCCUCCUGCCUUCUCCGUCAUGCUCCCCGGUUCCUGCGCACGCUCCGAUCUGACCCGAUGUCUCGAUCCGUUGCUGACUGAUCCUGCCCCCCCAAAUGCCUGUCGCGCGCGCACGCGCGCGCCCCCGGGGCCUCCCGGGCGGACCUCCGCGAAUGCUACCCGGCGGCGCCGGGAGAGUGGCGCCACCGAGAAGGGCAGCAUCUCUCGUCCUCUUUGGACGGGCCACUCUCCCACCACCAUCACUAUAGGUAG